GGACCUCCUCCGGUGAAGUCUCCUCCAGCGGCGACCUCCUCUUGCAACGUCUUCUCCAAUGGCGAUCUCCACCUACGAUGAUCUCCUCCUGCCAACGACGUCUCCUCCAGCGACGGUCUCCUCCGGCAACGUCUCCUCCAGCGGCGACCUCCUUCUCCUCCAGCGGCGACCUCCGGCAACGUCUUCUCCAGUGACGGUCUCCUUCGGUGACGUCUCCUCCUGCGUUGUCUCUUCCAGCGACUUCUCCUCCAGCGGUGAUCUCCUCCUACGGUGUUCUCCUGCGUUGGAAAUCUCGUCUAUCGAGCUAUUGAGCUGCGAGUUUCUCCUUCGGCAGACUCACAACAGGUUUCAAACUGGUUUAUCAACGCAAGGGUUCGUCUAUGGAAGCCAAUGGUGGAGGAAAUGUACAUGGAGGAAUUGAAGGAACAAGAAAACAUGAUGGCUUCUUUCU